GAUCUAAUUUAAAAGUUAUUUUAAUCGUGAAUUUAACCACACUGGUAAACUAAUGCCUAACCUUAAAUUAAGACCAAAAAGCUUAUUUUUUUUCUUCCAUUAAUUGUUACGAUAUAGUACAUUUUAACUUCGGAAACCGUACAGCAGCGUAUAGUUGCGUCUCCAGGACGACAAACAAUUACGAAACGAACCGAUAUGCUUGUUUGUAUCCAGAAAUCAACACCCGUCACCGAUAUCGUUGAACCGGACUGUUUCAGAACUUUCAAAGAAGACCAUCGGCAUAUGGGAUUGUAUGGAAGGCUGUGGACAGACAGACAGGAGAAGUUGUGGCUGUAAAGAAAAUAUUUGAUGCCUUCAGGAAUAGGACUGAUGCCCAGAGGACAUUCAGAGAAAUCAUGUUUCUUCAGGAGUUUGGAGAUCAUGCCAACAUCGUCAAACUGCUCAAUGUCAUCAGAGCUCAAAAUGACAAAGAUAUUUACUUAGUCUUUGAAUACAUGGACACCGACCUACACGCGGUGAUAAAGAAAGGCAACCUGCUGAAAGACAUCCAUAAACGCUAUGUCAUGCAUCAACUCCUCAAGGCCACUAAAUACCUGCACUCAGGCAAUGUCAUCCACAGAGACCAGAAGCCCUCCAAUAUUCUACUUGACACGGAUUGCUUUGUGAAACUUUGUGACUUCGGUUUAGCGAGGUCUCUCUGCCAGAUCCAGGAGGAUCCUGGGAACCCGGCGCUGACAGAGUAUGUGGCGACGCGGUGGUACAGAGCUCCUGAGAUCCUGCUGGGUUCCUCAAGAUACACAAAGGGGGUAGACAUGUGGAGUAUAGGUUGUAUCCUAGGAGAGAUGCUACUUGGGCAGCCCCUUUUCCCUGGAACUUCCACCAUCAACCAGAUAGAGAAAAUCAUGAGUGCAAUUCCACACCCUAGCCCAGAGGACGUACUUUCGAUCAGAUCUGAGUAUGGUGCCUCUGUGAUUCAGAGGAUGCUACUGAAGCCCCAGGUGCCUCUAGAGGAUCUUCUGCAACCGUCGGUGCCUCCAGAUGCCCUAGACCUGGUGUGUCGCCUGCUGGUGUUCAACCCAGACAAGAGGCUGACUGCUGAGCAGGCCCUGCAGCACCUCUAUGUCUCCAGAUUCCACAACCCAGCCAAGGAGCCAGGUCUGGACUCUGAUGUGAUCCUGCCUGUGGAUGAUGAUGUCCAGUUGUCGGUGGUUCAGUACCGUAAUAAACUGUAUGAGAUGAUUCUAGAGAAGAGGACCACAAGGAGAAUGCCACGUCAUGUAAUGCCUAGGCCGAGGAAGAAAGAGGAGCCUGUCUCUAGCUCAGGGUCUGGGUGUGACAGUGGAGACCGUGGGAGGGAAAGGCCCACUGGGAAGGACAAAGGAGGGCUGGAGCCAGUGUCUGGUAAUGGUGGAGGGGACCUUAGGGUUAAAUACCCUCAUGAUAAGACAGAACACCAGGCUGCUCGUCCAGUUAUCACCGUACCUACACCAGUACCUGUGUCCACCCAGCCGUCCCUGGAGAGGUCCAGCCCUGCAGCUAGCCCCGUCAUGGGAAAGACUACAUAUAAUCCCAUCACACACGUUGCCAAUGGUUUUGUUCGAAAUCUGGCUGGACCACCUCACUAUUUUCGCUCCGGUACUGCCAGCAGGGAACUGGAGGGACAGAUGAGUAAUGAAAAUGUAACUGUACCACCAGCAGAGGGCGCUAUUCGCAACACUGUUUCUAUGGAGCAGAUUCUGCAGCGCGGUCGCUCAGCCCCUGUCAGCCGUACCCGUUCCUUCUCCCUGACCCUCUCCCACCCUCAGAACAACCCACUUGUCCGCAGAGACGAUCCCUCUGUGUCCUCAGGGAUGUGUGUCACCUCUGCACACCUGAACCAGCGGUCCCAGUCUCAGUCACGAGAGGCACGGCCCCCUCCUCCCAGGUUCAGUAAGAAGGUUUUCCAGUGUAACGCCAACAUGGCGGCUGCCGGGGAUCCCCGUGCCAAACUAGGCAGCUACUCUCAGGCUUACGGCACCAUCAACAAGACAGAACUGGACAACCUUAUGAGGAGUCGACACCACCAGUAACCAUCACACUAUGCUGGAUGUAUGGGACACUGUCCAACAUCAGACGGGGCAAGAGACAAGGUGACAGGGAACAGGGAGAUAUUGGCUAGUGGAAAGUUGGGGGAGAAAUAUGAUUCCAAGACAUAAAAGUUCAGCAGCACAUAUUGAAGUAACCAUGGAGAUGGAAAUCCAUGGAGUGAAGUGGCAAUGAAUUAACACAGUCAAUUUAACCCCAUUUUCUUUAUGAAAUAAUGUCAUGUUGGGAAAUGGGGACUAUGAACCCUUAGUUUAAUGUAACUAAAUGUGCAAGUGUUUUACACCUAAAUGCUUUAUACUAGACUAGAGGGAACAAGACAUAGCAGUGUAAAUGUAUGUCGAUUGAGUCAGGUGAUACUUUUGUAAAAUGGAAGAUUUGUAAUGUUGUGUAUAAGUAAAUAACUAUUUUAGCCAUAAUUUCCUGGCAAGCAAAUUCAAUAUAAUUUAAUGCAAAAUGGUGCUUCCAACACAGUAAAAUAAAUGUUGACAGUUGAUGUAUGUAAAACAAACCUGUGGUUUCAUAUUAAAAAGAUGACCGCAAGCAAUUGUGACUACUUUCUUUUAAAA